AUAUUCCCACAAAUUUUCUCAUCUUUUGUUACUAAACAAACUCGAUCUGUUGUAAUUUAUUUAGUACGUAUUGAAAAAUGGGUUCAAAGAUGGCUAUACUGAUCCUAGGCCUGUUGGCCAUGCUCCUUUUGAUCUCCUCAGAAGUGGCAGCCAGGAAUUUAAAAGAGGCAGGUGAGGCUGUUCAAGAGACAAAUGAAGUGGCUGAUGCCAAAUUAGUUGCUGCAGGUGAGGCUGUUCAAGAGACAAAUGAAGUGGCUGAUACCAAAUUAGUUGGUGCAGGUGAGGCUGUUCAAGAGACAAAUGAAGUGGCUGAUACCAAAUUAGUUGGUGCAGGUGGGGUUGUUAAACAGAGAAAUAAAGUGGGUUAUGGCAAAUUAGUUGGUGUUGGUGGUUAUGAUUAUGGGAAUUGGAAUGGUGGCCAACGCUCUCCAUAUGGAACGGGAGCUAUUUGCAUGAGAGGCUGUUGUUUUCCAUCCUCGUUGGGAGGUUGCCUAAGUUGCUGCCCGCAUGAAUGGCAGUAACCGCCCUACAUGGCAUGGCUGCUGCUUAUUUCAUGAAUAAAAUCUCUUGUUGUGAGAGGCUUGUCUUUUCUCAAGUAUAAAUAAUGUAGAAUAAUACGUACGUCACUGUGCCUGUGUGACAAGUUUAAGAGCAAAUUGAAAUAAUCUUCAGUGCAAAUAUUUUGUUUUAAAAUCGCGACUUUUGCUUCUAUUAUUGUUAUUAUUAUUAUUAUAAAACAUGCAGUUCCUUAUGUAA